AUGCCAGCAGAAAAAUUUACCAACCCAGAAUUCCUGAGAGAAUUUAUUGAAUUGUACCGGGCCCUUCCUUGUCUCUGGAAAGUGAAAUCGGGAGAUUACAUGAAUAAAAUGAAACGAGAAAAGGCAUAUGAAGAAUUGGCAAACCUUUGCAAAUCAGUGUGCCCCAAAGCUGAUGUUCAAUUUGUGAAGACGAGAAUUUCCAAUAUAAGGACUGUUUUUAAAAAAGAAUUAAACAAAGUGCAAGCUUCCAAAAAAUCAGGUGCCUCAGCUGAUGACUUGUAUGUUCCGAAACUAUGGUACUAUGAUCUGCUACUGUUUACAGUGGAUCAGGAGGUGGCAAGGGACUCCAGGUCCAACUUUUCAAGUCAUUUUGAAUCCGAACUGACUCAGGCAAGCCAAUCAGAGGAUGUAACAGCCGUACAAGCGCAUGACAUCACAGCUGAACAAGUACUUGAAGAACAAGGGGACCACACAGAACAUAUGUCCCAGGCAUCACAACACACUAGCAGUACUAGUGCUUCCAGCCUUCCAAACACAGAAGGACAAGAAGAAAGAAUGUCACAAAAAAUGCCAAAGGGCAGGAAAAGAAAAAAUAAAGUAAAUUAUGAAGAAUCAACACAGAAAUUAAUAAACGAAGCUGCUGCUCUUCUUCACAAGCCAUCAGAUGAGUUUGAUGCAUUUGGAUUCGCGACUGCUUCCAAACUGAGAAGAAUGGAUGAAGAACAGAGGCUGUUUGCAGAAUCAAUUAUAACUGAAGCCCUGCAAAGAGGCCUAAGAAAAAAACUAAAUGACACAACUAGAUGCAUGGAUAAUCCAUAUGAAAGCACUAAUAACUCAAACUGGUUUCCUCCACAUCAAUUUCCUCAGCACAUACACAGAAUGUCCACACCAAAUUCUGUUGUAACAUAUGACCAACAAACGGCAUGGCCAUCGAUGGUAUCUCCUAUACCAACAAACAAUGGAUUUAACAAUAAUGUUUCUAUUUCAGAACAGGAACAACCGCAAUAUUCUCAUCUAUAAACCUGUGCACAAUUGGAUGUUUUUGCUCUUUUUUGUAAUAUAGUUUAUAUAUUGUUAAAUUAUAAUUCCAGUUAUAUAGUUUGUAUGUAUUAUUGGUACACCCUGUGCAUACUUUAUGCAAAAUGAA